UGCAAAAUCAAACAUGCCUGCCCUCAAGAAGCGCAAGGUCGCCUCCGAGGCACCUGCCCCCCCAAGCGACGUCGAGUCCUCCCCCGAGCCAGAGCCCGCACAACAAGACGAAGAAACACAAGACAAGCCACGGCCUAAGACAUUCAAAGAGCUCGGCAUCAUCGAGCAGCUAUGCGAUGCCUGUGAAACUAUGGGCUACAAGGCGCCCACGCCCAUCCAAGCCGAAGCUAUCCCCCUCGCCUUGCAGGAUCGUGAUGUGAUCGGUCUAGCAGAGACUGGAAGUGGAAAGACUGCAGCUUUUGCUCUCCCCAUCCUCCAAGCCCUCAUGGAGAAGCCCGGGCCUUUCUUCGGUCUCGUCCUCGCCCCAACCCGUGAACUGGCGUACCAGAUCUCGCAGAACUUCGAGUCCCUCGGCGCCACCAUCGGGGCCCGCUGCGCGGUCAUCGUCGGAGGCAUGGACAUGGUGUCGCAAUCGAUUGCCUUGGGCAAGAAGCCGCAUAUCAUCGUCGCCACCCCCGGUCGUCUGCUGGACCACCUGGAAAACACGAAGGGAUUCAGUCUGCGUGCGCUGCGCUUCCUGGUCAUGGACGAAGCCGAUCGACUCCUGGACAUGGACUUCGGCCCUCUGCUCGACAAGAUCCUCAAAGUGCUCCCCCGCGAGCGCCGCACCUUUCUCUUCUCCGCCACCAUGAGCUCCAAGGUCGAGUCUCUCCAGCGCGCCUCGCUCUCCAACCCCCUCCGCGUCUCCGUCUCCACCAGCAAAUACCAGACCGUCUCUACCCUCCUCCAAUCAUACCUCUUCAUCCCCCAGAAGCACAAGGACCUGUACCUCGUGUAUCUGCUGGAGAGUCACGCCGGCCAAUCCGUCAUCAUCUUCAUGAGAACCGUCCACGAAACCCAGCGCAUCGCCUUCCUGCUCCGCGCUCUCGGCUUCAGCGCUAUCCCCCUGCACGGUCAGCUCUCCCAGUCUGCGCGUCUCGGCGCCCUCGGCAAAUUCCGUUCCAAGAGCCGCAACAUCCUGGUCGCUACGGACGUCGCCGCUCGUGGUCUCGAUAUCCCCUCCGUGGACGUCGUCGUCAACUACGAUCUGCCCUCCGACUCCCCCAGCUACGUCCACCGUGUCGGUCGUACCGCCCGUGCAGGCAAGAGCGGUCUCGCCAUCUCCCUGGUCACCCAGUAUGAAAUCGAAGUUUGGCUCCGCAUCGAAGGAGCUCUGAACAAGAAGCUCCCGGAACACGACUGCCCCAAGGACGAGGUGAUGAUUCUUCAGGAGAACGUUUCAGAAGCCCAACGGCAGGCGAUCAUGGAGAUGAAGAACUACGACGAGAAGAGAGGAAACAGGGGCAGUAGAUUCGGUAAGGGGAAGCGAUCCCGCGAUCAGAUGGAUCAGGAGGAGGGCUAGAUAGCAAGCUAGCUAGCGAAGUGAUAGUGAAGGAAAAUGGUGAUGGUUUGACUAGAUGAGUUUCGGCGUUGCGUUUUUUUUUUUUUUUUACGAUGUUAAUACCCAAAAUGAUGAUGAUAUCGCUGUCUAUGAACUACCUACCUACCCUAGCCGAGUGUUGUAAAUGGGUUGGGUAUUUUUCACCACGCUGUUGGAGUCGAAGACAUCACAAAUUGCAGGUCUAUGGAAUCUAGACUGGUUUGAUCUAGUGCAUGCACAACCAAAAUAAAGGUUAAAAUGGGUGCGUGGGUGA